UUUUCUCUGAUCUUCAGAUUCGUAUGAAGAUCUGAUUCAAAAUCUUCUGAGAAUUUCGUAUGUACCUUUGAUUUGAAUCGUGUUUGAUUGAUUAGGUUAGAAUUUGAAAUUGGAGAAGUGACGAAGAAGAAGAAGAGAUGGAGGAGUAUCUACAGUAUAUGAAGACUCUCCGGUCUCAAAUGACUGAUGUGGAGGAUCAUGCGGCGAAGGUCUCCGUCGAGGAACAGAUGCAGGUUACCACAAUCAGUACCUUGGAGAAAGAUCUCGACCAUGCAUUGUCUGAGACAAAGAGACUAAAAGAAGAGACUGAGCAGAAGACGAGGGCCAAAGGCGAAAUAUGCUCUUGCAUACUUGAAAAGCAGAGAAAAAUUUCAUCGAUGGAAUCUGAUUCAGCCAAUCUUGCACAGAGUUUGGAGCUUAUUCUACAAGAACGAGACAGUAUAUCUUCCAAACUUGUAUCAAAACGUUUCAUUGUUUCUAAUUGCAGUUCUAACUAUGUAAAGACGGCAGAAGAAGCUAGAACCAAACUAGAGGAACAAAAGGGCUGGUUUAUCUCCCAUAUGAGCAAUGAAACUGGUCAACAAGUACAGAAAAAAGAAACAAAGGAUAACCUGCUAGAACUAUCAGAUUCUGCUAGAGCAAAGCUUGAUCAAGCAAAGCAGAUGAGAUCCAACCUUAUCCAAGAAAUUUCGAAGAUCAAGCUAUCAAUUGAGCAUGUGAAGCACAAGAUCAAUGAGUAUAAGCCAGAGUUAAUGUCGGUGGAUAUAAAGGUUCUAGAAGAGGAAUACACAGCUCUCUUGUCAGAUGAGUCUGGAGAGGCAGAGUAUCUGAGUUCGCUGCAGAGUCAGGCUGAGAAACUGAAGGGAAUUUCUUACAUUGCGAAAUGUGGUUGUGGAGAAGAAUACAGUGUUGGUCUAGAUUAGGCCAAAAGUUAUAUACAUGCACUAUCACCACCAUUCAAGAAUCUGUCAAACUAAUAAUAUCUGAAUAAUGUGAACAAAUCAAGAACCUCUAUGCGCUAGUUAGUUCUUUAGAA